AUGAUUCAACGGCACCAGCUGGUGCAGUCUGUGCUGCAGGAGCUGCAGGAAGCUACCGAGUGCUUUGGUCUGGAAGGUCUCACCAGUGCUGUGCUGGAGGCAGAGAGAACCCUGUCAUCUUUCUCCCUGCCUGGCUACUGUGGGAGGCAGUUCCAAGAGGAGUUGGAGGUUGACCGGGUAGCCAGAAGCCUCUACCCUGAGGAUGCUCCGAGUAACAUGCUGCCUCUGGUGUGCAAAGGUGAGGGCAACCGUCUCUUCGAGGCUGCCAGCGUGCUGCUCUGGGGCAACCCCAGCCUCAGCCUGGAGCUGCAGGUGCGUACAGUGGUGGAGAUGCUGCUGCAUAAGCAAUACUACUUGAAUGGCAUGAUUGACUCCAAGGUGAUGCUGCAGGCUGCCCGCUACUCCCUCUGCACUGACGAGACCCCAGAGAUGACCAGCCUCCCCAUGGCUAUACUAGAGGCCAUCUUCGAUGCCGAUAUCAAAGCUACCUGUUUUCCUGGCACUUUUGCCAACAUGUGGCACGUCUACGCUCUUGCCUCAGUUCUGCAGUGUAACAUCUACUCCAUCUACCCCAUGAGCAACUUGAAGAUUCGGCCUUAUUUCAACCGCCUCAUCCGGCCCAGGAAGUGCGGCCCACGAACCUCCACCCUCCACAUCAUGUGGUCAGGGCAGCAGCUCUCCCGGCAGGUCUUCAAAGCGCAGUACUUUGUGGCUGUGGUUGGCCUGGAGGAGCUGGAACCCACGAUGCCCUCACCGGAGCCUCCUGUCCAGCCGAUGAAGACCCUCGAGCUGCUGAACAGUGACCCCCAGCUGACUUACUCCAACCUGCGUGACCGGUACAGCAUUACCAAGAGCACCUUCUACCGCUGGAAGCGCCAGUCCCGCGAGCACCGGCAGAAAGCGGCUGCCAGGUUUGCGGCUAAACACUUCCUCCAGUCCUGCUUUCAGGAGGGCAACAUCAUCCCCCUCCAGCACUUCCGACAAAUGUUUCCAGAAAUUUCCCGGUCCACCUACUACGCCUGGAAGCAUGAGAUGCAGAGCAUGGUCAACGGUGAUGCCUCUGCUCUGGCUGAGGCACAUGGGUUCCAGGAGCUGCACAGGGAUGUCCCGAAAAAGGCUGAUGUGGAUGAGCCAGCAAAUUCAGGGGGGAGCUUAAGAUCCCCAAGUCCUUCCCUUGACCCUGUCCAAGCGGGAAUCUUCAUGCAAGGAGCCAAAUCCUACCUGGAGAAAUGCAUUUCCAUGAACACUCUGGUGCCUUACAGGUGUUUCAAACGCAGCUUCCCUGGCAUCUCCAGGUCUACUUACUACAACUGGCGAAGAAAAGCCAUCAAGGAGAACCCCAACUUCAAGUCCCCCCAGCCUCCCUCAGAUAACCAGAAACCUCUAGCAAUAGGAAAGCCAUUCCUGCAGUUGAAGCCAAGCAGUGUGCCUGUUAGGAAGAGGCCAAACAGAGACCGGCCAGCACCUAGGAGCCUCCUGCAGCAGAAACCCUCUCUGUGUUGGAGGAAGCAGCUGCGCGAUGUGGCCAGGAGGCAGGUCCAGCAACGGCGGCUGCCAUUCUGCCAGUACCGCCUGCGCUACCCGUCUCUCUCCUCCACAGCAUACUGGUUUUGGAAGGGCAGUGGUGGGGCCCUCUGGCAGCAUCGCCUGCCCUGGACCGGCUCCAGACGGCCAUUGAACCGGGUGCCUUCCCCGUCACCUCCCAGAGUACAGCCAGGCCUCAAGCCCCAGUGCCCCACAGAGGUAGCCACCAAGCAGCCAAACAAGCCGGCGCCAGCUACGCCCUACAACGCCACCAUCUCGGGCUACGCCGUGUCGGAGCGAGCCAACAGCCGGAUGUUUGUGAUGGAUGUGAUUGCCACUGCCCAGUUCAAGGCGCAGGCCAAGCUCUUCCUGCAGCAGCGCUUUGAGUCGAAGACCUUCCCCACCUACAAGGAGUUCAGCGCCCGCUUCCCGCUCACGGCACGCUCCACUUACUACAUGUGGAAGCGUGCUCUGCACGACGGGCUGACGCUCGUGGAUGCCUGA